AUGGCUGAAAUAGAAAGGAAAAAGAGCAAAGUUUCCGUUAUGCGUCUCAAGAGUAACCAAUUCAAUAGGUCGCAAAUGGCACUUGGGCCAAAAUCUCUUAGUAGACUAAAAGUUAGAAGACAGUCUUUUGGCUUUUCUGGAGUCCCCGGGAUAAGACCAGUCGAACGGAAUUCACAGGUAGCAAUUGAGUUCAAGCGUCCACCACUCACUCAUUUACCUACCUACCAACUGGACCCAUCGUACAAAUUCGAUGUUCCAACAGUUAAAAAAAUCAUUGAACAAUUGUUAGAUGAUAAUUUUACUGAUCACAAGUACAAUAUACAGGAAUCACCUGCUCUUGCUCUUCGUCUUGCUGGCGAAUUGAUGCGUAAACUGAAAUCUUUACAAUUUAACCGUUACCGUAUCAUUGCUGUUGUUACGAUUGGCCAGAGGAGGGCUCAAUGCUACAAUAACGCCAUAUCCUUCUUAUGGGACCACGAGAGGGACGAUUAUGUCGAUCUCCAAAGGGAAGAUAGCUCAGCUUUCAUUCAGGUCACAGCCUUUGGUGUUUAUCUGGAU